UGUCAAGAGACCGCGGGAAAAUGAAUAAUGACGAAGCGGCCAGGAAGUGAAAAAUGAUCGAAGCAAAAUGAGGAGGGCGUAUAACACUGCAGCAGAUGUCCGAACGACUGAUUGUCUUGAACAAACAAGACGUUUACACAAGGGUAUAACAGAUAUUGCCAAAAGAUUAGAUGAACAAAAAAGCCGUGCAUUAACAAUAACAGAUUUAUUUACCCCUUCAGGGGAAACACUACGAGUGAAACUUAAAGAUUAUUGUGUACGGUUAAUAACUAAAGAUCCUGUUGAAUAUGCACGUAAAACUGAAGAAUUGUUAUGGAGAAAAGCAUUUUAUGAUAUUGUUUAUGCAUCUAAAAAAUUGCGAAAGGGUAAUGCAUGGACUGAAACAGAAAAAGCAAUGUUAUCUGUCCACUUGGCAGUAGGGGUUGGAUUUUACCAUCAUUUAAUAUUAAAACUACAAUUAGAAUAUAAUUUAGAUCUAGUUGGUACUAUUGAUUUUGCAUUUAUGCAAAAUGUAACAGAAUUAUCAAGUGCAAAAAAUAAGAUCAAUCAAUCUAAACAUCAUACUGAAGAAGUGAAAUUAUGUGUUAUGCGCUUGAUUCAUAGAAGUUUGGUAUGCCUUGGGGAUUUAGCUAGAUAUAAAUUAGAAUUAGAUCCAUAUUGGGAUCCAAUGAUAGCAAAGAGGUACUAUAAAAUGGCUAUAGUGAUUGAUCCAAAUAUUGGAAUGCCACAUAAUCAGUUGGGCACUAUAGCAGGCAAUACAAAUUAUGGUCUUGAUGCAGUAUAUCACUAUAUGAGAUGCAUUUUAUGUUCUGAACCAUUUGAAGGAGCAGAAGGAAACUUAAAGAGAGCCAUUGUUACACAUUCUGUUUGUACAGAUGAAAAAUGUCCUACACACAUGUGUGUUUCAAGAUUGUUUUCUUUACUCCAAUUAUGGGAUUAUGAUGUACCAAAUUCUGAUAGAAUAAAUCAAGAAUGUCAGGAUCUUUUAACUAAUAUUGAAAAUUGCUUGAGUUCAGAACAACUUGAAUCAAAUGAUAUGAAUAUAGAUGAAAAAGAGAGCAAUAUCGAAGUAUAUCUUCAAAACUGUAAAUAUGAACAAACAAAUUAUUUAACAGAUGAUAUGAUAUUCAAAAUUGUAGCCAUAUGUUUAAUGUCUAUUUCAAGAUUAAAAAGCAAAGAAUCUAGUGAGGUGCAAGGUGUUGUCGCCAUAACCUUAGCAAUAUUGUCUCAACUAAUACAAUUUACAAUAACUAGAUUACAAGAAUCUUUUAUAGAUUUAUCACUUCCUGACAUAGGAUUAUCACAUUCAAAAGAUAACGAUAACGAUUGUAUCACUGAAUCAGUGGAUGUUGAAGAAAAGGAUACUACUAUAAAAUCAAAUCCAGAUGAAAAUAAUGAAACUAAAAUUAUUGAUAACAAAACAAUUUCCGAUAAAGGAAAUGUUGUAAAAAAUGGUGACAUUCAGAACGGUUCACGAAAAACUCGAGAUAAAAAUAAAAGUUUGCUCACAAAACUUCGAAGACGAAAACGGAGAAAUAGUAGUGAUUCAGAUGUAAGCGAUAUUGAUCAUACAACAAUGGAAUCAUCUAGCGAUGAAAUAAAUUCUGAUGUUUCUGAAACAGAAGAUGAUGUACUAAGUGAAGAAAAUGCAUUAUCAGAUGAUGCAUUAUCCGAAGAUAUUACGGAUGAUGAAGGUGCAUCUGUGCAAGUAAAUAAAGAAAAUAGUGAAAAUACUGAAACAAAGACAAUGAAUGGACAUAUAGACUUGGAAAAAGAAAAUGAAACAUCUGAGAUAAUGAAUGAUCAUGUACCAAAUGGUGAACAAAUGCCUGAUGAACAAAAAAAAUUAAAUGAUAAAGAUUUAAUAACUAAUUCUGAAAAUAUAGAAAUAACUAAUUCUAACAACACAUUUGAUGAAAAUAAUACAGAUAGAGUAACAUACAUUGCUCAAUUAAAGAAACAAAAUUUAAAACCAGAUGAUAUACUAAAUAUUAUAUCUGGAAAAGAAAUAUUGGCGUCUAUUAAAAUAUGUUGUGAUUGGUUGAAAAGUAAUCCAGAUAUUAUACGAAUAUGUGGAAAAAGUUCACGCACUUUAUUAAAACGUAUUACAAUUUUAUUAAAUUUGAUUAAUAUAAAUGCAGAAAUGCUAUUGAAAAAUUAUAAAGAUGACAGUAUGAUUUUAUCGAAUAUAGAUAAAUUGAAGGAAUGCGUUAAGAUAGUACCGUUACCGGAAGAUAUUGAUUUAAGAGGAUUAAAUCUUUUAGAAGAUGCCCAGAAAUCUCUGAAUUGGAAGAUAUUACAUAAACAUAAAAUGAAUAAACAAGAAGAAAUCUUAUUGAGAACAUUAAAAUUAAUUGAAUUUGGAUAUUUUCUUAGUUCUGUUGAAGAUGCUGGAGUAAAAUAUGAAAAAUCAAAAGAAUUAUUUAUAACAAUUGAUUUAAAUACUUCUAAUGUAAAGGGUAAUAGUAAAGAUUGGGAAAUGGAUCAUUCACGUGGAAAAUUAAUGAGACAUAUGGGAAAAUUAUGGUUGAAAGCGGAAGUCUGUGCUUUAGAGACUCGUUUAAGAUCUAGACUCAUGUCUCCUUAUUUGGUACCUGAUCAUGAGGCUUUAUCUAAACAUACACCGGCUCUAAAACGUUUGGUAUAUGCCAAGAAAUUUAUUGUUGUAAUUCCUAGUGUUGUUGUUUCUGCAUUGGAUGAAGUAAAACGUAUUAGUGGUAGAGCAAGAGAAGCAACACGUUGGCUGGAAACUCAAUUAAAACGUGGUUCAAGAUUUUUACGAGCUCAAAGGCCUCAUGAACGUUUAGCAUUACCAUUUAUUAAAGGACCAAGACCAAAGGAUAAAGAAGCAUGGUUAUUUUUUCAAAUUAUAGAGUGCUGUCACUAUCUUACUCAACAGACAAAAGUUGGUAUAACAAAUGAUACAGAAACACCAGUUGUAACAUUAUUAACUGGUUGUAAUCCAGAUGAUAAAAGAAUUUUCACAUUUAGUCCUGAAGGAUUGGCAAAGAGUGCAGGUGUCAAUAUUGAAUAUAUUGAAUCAUUUCAUACAAAGUGGAAGGCAUCAAGUAAAAGUCAUGGUUGAACAUCUAGAUUAAUGGAGAUGAUCAUCUGCUGCUUCCUUGUACUAAAGUGAAAGGUAAAAGACUUGGCCCUUCUUAAGAGCUGCGUAUACGGUGACGCUACGGCAUCAGCUGAGCGGGCGAGUCAGAGAGGGCUGGAAACCCAGAAAGGAAAAUCGACGGUUCUCCUGCAAUAAAACCAGUGGAUUAAUAUCUUUUUUUUCAUGAAUUCUAAAUAAUAAAAUGGUUUCCUUUUAAUCACUAGUAUUGUCUUUUAUGUUAAAAAAUUGUAUUUUUAGGUAAAUAUUUUUCAAUAAAAAUAAACUUGCCUUCACAA